AUGUCUCUCCCAUCCCUCAAAGAGUACCGCCGAAAGCCCUACGAGGCCACCUCCCCCUCGCGACCAGAACUCAGCCAGGUCGGUAAAACCGUCGUCGUCACCGGAGGCAACAGUGGCAUCGGAUAUGCCAUCGCCCGCAACUUCGCCAAGGCUUCCGCCAAGCGAGUCAUCAUCUUGGGCCGCCGCCCCGACGUCGUUAAGGCUGCCGCCGAUAGGCUUGUCCAAGAGGCAAAGGAAUUCGGCUCCCCUUCCUUGGUGGAGGGCAGGGUCUGCGAUGUUGCAAGCCUCGAGGCCACCGAAGCUCUCUGGUCUGGUCUCGAGAAAGAGGGCAUCGUUGUCGAUGUCUUGGUCCUUAGCGCUGCGGCCCAUGGGAAAGUGUCUCCUAUUCUCAAGAGCGAUCUUGCUAGCGUUUGGGGCGAUUUCGAGGCAAAUGUGCGCUCUUCGCUGGAUUUCACGCAGAGAUUCUACAACCAGAAGGGCAAGGGCGUGGAUUCGCGCAAGUUCUUGGUGAACAUAUCUACCAUUGCCGCUUACAUGUGGGGUUCGAUGGCACCAGAGCGGCCAACUUACGGCUUGACCAAGAACGCUGGUACCACUUUGAUUCAGCAGAUCGCCAAGGAUACCGAUGUGAACGAUAUGCAAAUCGUGAGCUUCCACCCUGGCGGUGUUCUCACGGACAUGGCUCGCGCCGCGGGUGCCAGCGAAGAAAUGGGUAUUCCCUUCGAUGAUGAGAAUCUUCCAGGUCAAAUGGCUGUCUGGGCAGCUAGCCGAGAGGCCGAGCAUCUGCACGGCCGAUUUGUCUGGGCCAACUGGGAUGUUGAUGAGGUCAAGACUGUGCUGGGCAAGCAGAUUGCAAAAGAGCCCAACUUCUUGAAGGUUGGAAUCGAGGGACUGUCUGAGAAUCUCCCCAACCCCAUGAUCCCUCCCGAAAUGCUCGAGAAGAUUAUGCAGUUUCAGCAGGAUCUUCAGGCAAAGCUUGAGGCGCAGAAGUAG